AACUGCAAGGCACGCCAUUCAUCCGUGUCAUUAUGUGACACAUAUAUCACGUCUAUACCAGCGCAGUUGAGAGACCAGUGCCAAUUACCUGUACAGAUUCAUAUGAUUCAUCAGGACUGGAGGUUCCCGAACUUGGAUAUCCUCUGACUGACCACAGACUAGGACGAAAGACUAACCAGUGUGUACCUAUUCGUAUCAUUUGAAACUGUGGUACAACAGAUAUCAUGGGUUGUGUUGAAAGUAAGCAAACGCAUGAUGAAUCAAACGUUCCAUAUUCAAGAAAACAAAAAGAAUCACGGAAAAAGAACCGAAAACGUAACAAAGACGACCGUCAGGAUGAAUAUACAAUCAUUCAAUCAUCGGACCAAAAUUAUUGUAUAGAAGUGGUGAUGGAAAAUAAAUCAAACGCUAAAUUCCCGGACCAAAGUGACAGCAACGAAGGUGAGGAAUCAUCUGCACAAUACUUGGAAUGCCACACAGAGGCUCCUACGGAGAAGAAAAAUGAAUCAAACACUGAAUUCCUGAACAAAAGUAACAGCGAUGAAGAUGAAGAAUCAUCUGAUUCCUCUGAACAAUACUCGGACUCGGAAAGUUACACAGAAGCUCAUAAGGAGAAGAAUAAUGCACCGAACACUGAUUUCCCAUACAUUAAAGGAGCCAACGAGCCAUCUGAAAACACGACUGAGGCUGACAGCCUGUCUGUGAGACUAAGGAAGAAAGGUAAUGAAAGUUAUACCUCUGUUGCAAAGAGUCUGGAUACAACGGUCAGCUAUAAGAGGUUUAGUAAGGCAGCAGACUGCUAUUGUAGAGCCUUCGAGGCAGCGGCGAAGGACGAGGAGUCGGUAUCUGCCGCUAAGAAUGCAGCAAUGGCCUACUGGAGAUUAGCAGAAGCGGGAAUAUUACGGCGCAGCACAGCUAGAAAAACUAUACUCCACUACAAGGAGGCAUUCAAGUUUUUUUCCUAUGCUUAUAAAAAUGGCAUUUUGUGCAAUACAGAAGCCUGGAGAACGAAGCUUUGCACGUCUAUUGACAGCUGUUGGUUGGAUUUCACAAGAACCACGGACAUGCAUUUUAACCUGGAAGAUAGGAUAGAUCUGUAUUACAAAAGUUUACAGACAGUUGAAAUAGACCAUAUCAGGGGUAAUUUGUAUCUCAAUCUUGCAAGGUUUCACUUCCGGAACGGUGUUACUGCAAUUCAGAAUGGCCAUUAUCAGCGUGGGCUGUCCGAAAUGAGUAACUGUUCUAUGCCGAUUCACGAAGCAAGGACAAAAUGUCUGGAUGCACAAAAUGUAGGACUGGAAUGUGAUUCGCUCGAGGAUGACAUCAUUAUGCAUACGUGUACUGCUGAUGCUAUGCAAGCAAUAGAUGUUGGUGACAAGUUGUUCGAGCAGACCAUCAAAGACGAUGAGGAAGUGAAUAUGGACAUGGUCUGGGAUGUGGUUGAUUGGUAUAAAGUUGCUGUACUGCGCACGCGCGAGAGAACGGAAAUGGAACAGGAAGCUAUAGCAGCAAGUCGAUUAGGCAACAUAUAUGACAAGGUGCUCAAGAUGAAGGAAAAAGCCAAGGAAUACGUGAUGCGUUCUAUUCAACUGGCACAUAGCAUGCAUCCACGAACUUUCAACUCGGACGAAUGGUUUAAAGAUGCUUCUAACAUUUUGAAAAAAUAUCAAGACGAAACACAAGCAGAUGAAGAUGCAGAAUGGAAUAAAGAACGAGAGGAGAUAAAGAAAGAAAUGAAAGAACAACUGGACGAACUUGAAACGGCUAACAAGAAGGGAGAUCUUGAAUUUCUUGACUAUGUAUACAAGAAAUUUCCACCAAAGAAUCCACUGCACAAGGAGCUAUACGUUCUACCAGCGGAUACAUCAGACAUAGAUCAUAGUAAAACAAAGAAACUGUAUCAAAAAGCUGUUGUAAACUACCACCCCGACAGGGCGAAUGUGGAGGAGAACGGGGUCCAAUGGAAGGUCAUGACGGAGGAGAUCACCAAGCUCUUUAAUUGUCGGUACAAUCGGAUGAAGGGCGAGUGAAGUGGAUAACGAAUCAUAUUAAAGAUGAAUGUAACACACAAACACAGGCGAUUGCACCUUGGUAAUACAUCUGUAGAUACAGUAUGCAGAAAAUAGAUAUUCGCAUCAGUUCCGUUUAUUGAUAUGUCACGAUAGAGGUUAACCUCAACACGUCAUCGUAAUUAGCCAAUAAGCCAAUCAAAUAGACGAGAUAUCUCCUGCUUCGAACCAUUCCCAGAGCAGCUUUCUUACACGUUUCGAUACAGAUUGUUUUCCAAUGUCCGUGUUCUCCUGUGACCCCUGUCACGUUUUGGAUGUUUUACAGCCUAUCAUCGGGAAAACGUACACUGUCAUCUGAUUAGCUAAUGCAAAGGUCGCCUAGCCCUAACCCUUAAUAUGAUGCUGUUAAAUAUCAACGAACAGGAGUGAUGCGACGAUCUUAUUUUACCUUAAACAUCUAAGUGGCUAAAAUAUCAACUUCACCAUAGAGCACUUAGGAAACUUAGGAAAUGUUUUGAAUAGAAACUGGCAUACUUUUAAUAUAUCUUCAAACAUUGGACAUUCGGAAAUCGAAUAUCUAUAUAUUUUUUUAUAAACAAACAUAAGAAAUAUUCGUUUACGGAGGCACAGUAGUCUAGUAGUAGGGCGCCGGGCUCGUAACCGCAGGAUUGCAGGUUCGAAUUACGGCUGCAAAUGAGUACGUGGUUGGGCAGUGCUAGAAUUGUUAAAUGCUAGCUGCGAGCGCCGAAA